CAGCUACAGAAACGGAAGAGAAGAGAGAGUUCUCCACACGUGAGACGUGCGCCAAGCGUACAGCGCGGUCGUCGGGUGUACGCGCUCCCCUCGCUCAUUGAUCACGCCCUCCCCGCGCCCACCAGCACAGCGCCCUCACCGCCCGCCGCUCCCCUGCCCUUUCCCUCCGGCUGUAUAAAUACGAGGCGCUCGUGGUGGAGAUGGGUACCGCCUUUUCCUCCUCCUCCUCUUCCACCCCAGAGUCCAGAGCUAUGGCGCUCGCCAAGGCCAAGGAGAUCGUCGCCUCCGCUCCCGUCGUCGUCUUCAGCAAGUCUUACUGCCCUUUCUGCGUACAAGUGAAGAAACUGUUCACGCAGCUAGGAGCGAGUUUCAAGGCCAUUGAGUUGGACACUGAGAGUGAUGGACCUGAGAUGCAGUCAGCUCUUGCAGAAUGGACUGGGCAGAGGACUGUCCCCAAUGUCUUCAUCAAUGGAAAACACAUCGGUGGCUGUGAUGACACUCUUGCACUGAACAAGGGAGGGAAGCUGGUUGCUCUGCUGACGGAGGCUGGAGCGAUCUCCGGUUCUACUUCGAAGGCCACCACCGCUGCUUAGCUCUGUUUGCGAGUUGUCGUGGUCGAUGUUAUUAGUGUGUUGCAUGAUUUACAUCGUCCCCGUGUCAUGAAAUAACCAAGGUUGAUGUUUGGCAAGUUCAGGGCUUGUUGCUGUCUAGUAUGUCCGCAGUGAAUGUUAAAUCUCUGUGUAAAACUCUGUUAGAAAUAAAGCAAACUAUCUCGGUGA